CAUGGUUGGAUUUGAUUGGCUCAGUGUAAGUUAGUAGCGUCUGAUGUCACUAGGAAGCGCCAUACUUCUGCAAAGUUUUUCUACUGCAUCUCUUUGGAAACUUACCAAAUGAACACAAGUAGUCUUUUUAAUUAAUUAAUAACAUAACUACUGGACAAAUGCCCUCAGAUCAAGAUGGAUGACAUCAACCUUCAAUACAGGUUCCUGGACUGGCGGAGGCGGAUUAGAGCGGUCCGAGAGGUGCGUGCUGUACGCUUUCAGGAGCGCUACAGGAGAAUACUGAAGGUUGGAGAGACACUCAGUUAUCAAGGAAACUCUGAUGAAGUAGGCUGCUAUGUGGCUUCCCGUCCCUUAUCAAGAGGAAACUGCUACUUUGAGGUGACCAUAAUGGACACAGGGGUCAGGGGGACAAUCGCGGUGGGCUUGGUGCCGCAGUUCUACCAACUGGACCAUCAGCCGGGCUGGCUGCCACAAUCCAUUGCCUACCAUGCUGAUGAUGGCAAGCUGUACAAUGGAAACACAGUUGGCCAGCAGUUUGGACCGAAAUGCAACCAAGGUGACCGGAUUGGCUGUGGAAUACAUUGUGAGGCUGGGUUGACCACUGUCUUUUUCACCAAGAAUGGCAAAGAGGUGGGCUCAGUGGCAAUCCCAGUAGCGAUGGAGGGGCUGUUUCCUGCCAUCGGGAUGCACUCCCUGGGGGAGGAGGUGAGGCUGGACCUCCAGGCUGAAUGGGACGCGGAGGAGGACGACGACAGUUUCAUGGCAGUGGAUAGCCAUGAAGACGACUGGGGACGUCUUUACGACAUCCGGGCCACUGGAACGCAGCUCCUGGAGUACGUCGGGAAGGGGAGGAGCGUGCUGGAUGUGGGUCUGGCCCAGGCUCGACAACCUCUCAGCACACACUGCCACUAUUUUGAGGUGGAGAUAGUGGAUGCUGGAGAGAAGUGCUACAUUGCCCUGGGGCUGGCCAGAAGGGACUACCCCAAGAACAGGCACCCUGGCUGGAGCCGAGGCUCAGUGGCAUACCACGCAGAUGAUGGAAAGAUCUUUCGUGGCAACGGAGUUGGGGAACCAUUUGGUCCUCGCUGUUUGCAGGGUGACAUGAUGGGCUGCGGCAUCAUUUUCCCCCGGGAUUACAUCCUGGGUAGUGAAGAUGAUUUGGACCUCUUGGAGGUGCAGCCGAGGCAGGUCCAGAAGCGCAUCCAGAAUGUUCUGUACCUGGAUGAUGAUGAUGAGGAAGAGGAGGAGGAGGAGGAGGAGGAGAGGGACGAGCAAGAUCAAGAGCAUGAUGGCAGGAAGGUCAUGGUGUUCUUCACUCGGAACGGGAAGCUAAUGGGUCGCCAGGAGGUGACGUGGCCGCCGGGCGGGUUCUACCCUACCAUUGGGAUGCUCAGCAGCGGGGAGAAGGUCAGAGUAGACCUGCACCCCCUCAGCGGAUGAAAAUCAGUGACCUGCAUACUAGAAGUGGAUGAAGUAAGCCCGAGGCCCAGCGACACAUCACUGCAUUCUUCAUCACCUGAUGCCUGACAAGUGACCAUAAUCCGACUUCAGUGGAGGUCAGAGGAUUAGUGAAACUGGGGCCAGCAUUUAUUCUCUGGCGCGUUAUAGUGUAGAGCACUGCGAAUUACUUUUAAAGAAUUUACCGUGAAUUUUAUUGCUGCAAACGUCUGGCGAAGUACCUUUUCAAAGCGGUCAGUACGGCCUGGUCCUGGCCUAUGAUUUGGUGGAGCCCUUCCAAUGCCUGUCAUGAGUUCUGGCACUCUCUGUUUAUUGUAUUUGUCUUAACCCCAAACACAGCAAUGCUAUGUCUAACAGUUCUGCUGCAUCAGAAGGCCUGAUUGUGGUUUCUAGCAUGGGCACUAGGCGUCCCUGUUUCUUCACCAGGGUCCCAAAUGGCACCCUAUAUACUGCACUUUUUUUUCAACAUGCAUCAACAUGAUGCAAACAUUAAAAACAUACUGGGCAUUUGGAUUCCAAUUCUAAAUCCUUCACUUUCCCCACAUUAUGUUGUUAUAAACUUAAUUUAUAUUUAUUUUAUAUGAAUAUAUUUAUUAUUUUUGCCUUUAAUCUACAUACA